AUGAAAUUGGUUGUAUUACAUUUGCUAUUGCUGGGCUUUGUUUGCCUUGGUCGCGGUCAGGACGACAAUGAGGAUGUUAGAAGGAUAAUGAAGGAAAUGGAAGUUAUCCCUGAAAUCUUACAAGAACCUCCAAGGGAGUUACUUAGGAUCAAAUUCGACAACACCUUCGACAUUGAGGAGGGCAAGUCCUAUACCCCAACGGAACUGAAAUUCCAGCCCAGACUAGAUUGGAAUGCAGAUCCCGAGUCCUUUUAUACCAUCGUUAUGAUCUGUCCCGAUGCCCCAAAUCGUGAGAAUCCCAUGUACCGCUCUUGGCUUCACUGGUUGGUGGUCAAUGUUCCUGGGCUGGAUAUUGCAAAGGGUCAACCCAUAUCGGAAUAUUUUGGUCCUCUGCCACCAAAGGAUAGUGGUGUCCAGCGUUAUCUUAUUCUAGUGUACCAGCAAUCGGAUAAACUGGACUUCGAUGAGAAGAAAAUCGAACUGAGCAAUGCCGAUGGUCAUAGCAAUUUCGAUGUGAUGAAGUUUGUUCAGAAAUACGAAAUGGGAAAUCCAGUGGCGGGAAAUAUAUUCCAAUCCAGAUGGGAUGAGUUCGUGCCGGAGUUGAUGAAGACGCUCUAUGGUGUCAAUGAGUGAGGUUCCCAAUGCGGUUCUUAAGGGGUUAAUAUGUUCCUUGGUUGAGUUUUAAGCUUUAUGUUUAUUGUUUAUGUUAAUUAAAGUGACUUAGCUAGUUAUGAGCAUUCCAAA